AUGUCCACCUUCCACCCAGUCAACACGACUCUUUCGGUGCCGGAUCCAACCCCAGGGCGCCAAAUGGAAGAAACCACGCCCACCACUCCCCGACCUAACAGCAGGUUCUUUACCGAGUCCAAAGUGAGCGAGGAUAUCCGCGCCGACGAUCCCGCGGCCAAGACGCCCACACGCAACACGUUUGCCGGACUUGCUGGCCAGCGCCCGUUACCGUCGUCGCCUGCGCGCGAGCUGAGCGAGACACCUUCCGUCUCGAUUAAGAGCGAGCAGAGCAGAGAGGAUUCACACAGGUCGGCACAGUCGCAAGAUGUGCAAAUGGGCGAAGGCGACGAGGAUGAAAAGGACGGAUCGGACAACGAAAGUGUGAACAGCGACUCAAACAGACCAUCCAAGAAGAAGAAGGGCCAACGCUUCUUCUGUACCGACUUUCCACCAUGUAACCUGAGUUUCACCCGAAGCGAACAUCUGGCGCGGCACAUUCGUAAGCACACUGGCGAACGUCCCUUCCAGUGCCACUGCUCCCGACGUUUCUCGCGCCUCGACAAUCUCCGCCAACAUGCACAAACUGUGCACCUUAACGAAGACAUUCCGUCCGAAUCGCUGGCCGCUACAGGCACAAGAUUCCAACGCCAAAUCCGAACCGACCGCGUAAGACCUCCCGGGAACCGCUCUCGAGCGAACACACUGGGCAGCACAGGUGGACACAGUAGAGGCCAUAGCCGAAACCUAUCCGCCUCCAGUAUAACCUCCACAAUUUCGAGUUUGAGCGUAGCUCAAUCUCCGGACGUUCGGCGAAGACCGCCCCCGUUGGCCAUGGCCAGUGACGGCGGUGCAAGUGCAAGGGCGCGCCUAUCGCUCAACACGAUGAGUGCCUACGAUCCACCCAUGAUGGGCAGUCCCGGGCCUGUGGAAUAUGAUAAUCAGUCCAACGCACCCACAACACCCACCUCCGCCACGUUUUCCCCAGCCGCUGGCAGCCCCGCCCGUUUUGGCUCCACUCUACAGUCUCCGGCUUCGACUGCGUCAAGGCCUGUCUCUUGGGCCGGACCACCACCACCUGGACGUCGACAAUCCAUCUCGUCCAACGGUAAUCCUUUCUCUGGUCCACCGGGACAGGGUCCCCCUGCGUAUAUCACACCUCUCCAAUCCACAGCCGCCCCCACCUACUCGGUACAGAGCAGCGCAUACGCCAGCCCGACAGUAUCAAAUUUUUCAGAGUCUAGGAGGGAUUCCACUGCAGACGCAGACUGGAGGCGACGUACUUGGCAUCCAGGAACCUACAGCGGUCCUCGACCAGCGACCAGUGGGCUUGGCUAUCAUCAGACGCCCGAUGCCCCGCGACCACUAUACACCUCACAACCUGCGGCUUCACAAACUACCAGGCUCCCCGGUAUUGAGAGUUUCGACCAUGCGCCUCCCCCGCCACCACUACCUCGACGUCAGCCAAGUCCUAUGCAGGUGGAUGCCCCUGCUCGUCCACUCACAUACCAUGCUCCACCGCCACCCAAUAGGGGUCACCACAAGCGAACAAGCAUCUCGUGGGAAAUCGAUCGUCUGAACAUUGCCGGUCCAAACUCGCAAAGAGAGCAAUGGUCGCAACAGUAUCCCGGCAGCGCAGGUCGGACCAAUGCUGCACGGCCGACGACGGCGCCGCAUGGCUACUUCAGCCGACAACCACCCAAUAUCCAGCCUAUCCAGAUCCCACCUGUGAAUGCGUCACCGAGGACGUCGCAAGAGAACCCAGAAACCCCUCGCAAGAACAAGAGACAAGCGUGGUACAAUGGGCCUCUUGCAACAACGCAAAGAGCUUUACAACGGACAUCACCAGAGGACUCUAGUAGUAGCGAAGGUGUUCCAACGCCUGGAACUAUGAUUGAUUACCAUCCUGCUAUCGUGCACAGCAACGGUUACGUGGAGGCGCCAGUCGUUGAAGAGCACAAGCCUGCUUCGCCAGCGGCUUCUAUCAUGGAGAGGCCUCAUCCUCUACAUGCGCAACCGCACCAACACUACCAUAGCCAUAGCCUCUCAAACUCUAGCUCAAGCUACCGUCCGCAGCGUGAACCCGAGCGGGGACCCGUGACAUUCGGUCAGCCGCUACCACAGGCGAACAAUAACGACAUGAGGCGAUUGGAAGCGCUUGUCGCAGUAGCCACUGGCGAGCAGCAAGCCGUUGUGAACCGGUCUUAG